CGUGAUACGUCACAUCACGUUCAACCUCUAAAAGCUUGUUUUGACAGCGCUUGCAAGAUUACAUUUGGCGGCACGCUUCAAGGGCCGUCCCAAGGAAAUGUCCAGGAAUGAGAAAGCCUCGGUAGGACCGACAAGCCCUUCUUCAUCGACUUCGCCGCCGGGAUCCUUUGCUUACCAGACGCGUUUAAUCGAGAAUUCUCUGUCCCGCACGUCUUCCCUCUCGCGAUCGGGAUCAAUAACCAAAGGUAUCCUGACUCCAAGUGCAUCUAGAAAGUUUGCGUACACCCAUAGGGCUGGCUCGAGCGUUGAUUCAUUACGACUUGAACGAUCGCGGCCUAUUCCCGAGAAUGACGCCUUUAUCGAUGUUGAGCACCCCAUCCGUAAGCCCCUCGACGCGUCUACAGAAAAAGCUCUUCCAGAGACGCCUAUGUAUCUUACAAGGGGUCCUAUGGAACCCCCCGUCACCCUCAUUGCAUCGGUUUCACUACCCCAACAACCCUCUCAUGAGGCCGCCAGGCCGCAACAAACCGAUGCUGGUUUGUCUUCCAGGAAACCAAUCCCGCACGAGCCUUUGGGAGACGUUGGGAGCAAAUUUGCUACGAUUUCACAUGCCAGUUCUGGAGAGGCCUCUUUCCGUCCAGGUCACCGUUCCCAAGUUUCUUCCAAUGAUAAUACUGGCUCUGGCUCUUGGUCACCAGCCUCCACUGCCACCGAUUUUAAGCGGCACAGAGUAACGGGAUCCAUAGAUUCUGUUCGCUCUAGAUGGGAGGAGCGUGUUCGGGAAGCUGAAACUGGGGAAUUGACUCCAUCAAACACUGGCACAUUUCAGAGACGAGGGACUACUAGAAAACCUCAGGACAUGGAGCGCAAGAAUCUUGAAGCAUCCCCGGCUUUCAACUCUCCACAGGAACGUGGAAUUUCUGACCGUGCUAAGUCGUCAACGUUAAAGCGGCCCACGUUGCCAGAUCCCGUACCUGUGACUUCAAUUAGGGACCAAUGGGAGUCCCGCGUACGCAGCCAAGACGACAUAAGUGAACUGGGUCAAUUCCCCGCUACGGGGAAGAUGGAAGUGGUCCCGGGCAAUUCAAUUCCCGUCAGCGAUCUUUCGACCCUCAAUCGGGGAUCAACAGCGAGAAGAAAUAUCUCCACAGAUGCCAUAUCAUCUCGGGCUGCCAAUUUCAGUGCUAGUUCCACUGUAGCCUUUCCCACUUCAAUCCAGAGGGCGAAUACACUCUCUAGUGAAGGUGCCCCAAUGUCAUCUGUGCCUAUUCUGAAAGAGCCUGGCGACCGGACCUUCAAGAGGUCUCAACCCUCCGGCGAGUCUUCGAUCGCUGGAUUAAGGACACGCCGUUCAAAUUCGGUAGAUUCCGUUGUCGUCCCCCCGGUCGAGUCUCGCACGAGCCGCUCUCUUUCCAGUGCAAUCGUCGAUCCAAAAUCAUCGCCAUUAUCAUUCUCGGGCGCUGCUAGGCGGGACCAGUAUGCCGGGCUUGGUGCCGGAAGGCGAUUGGGCCGGCACCUGCCCCGGAUAGCCAGCGGUGAUGCACCAGACGACGGGGGAGAGCCGUCGACAUCCCCACCAGGUGUAGCUCACUCUUCUAAGAAGUAUCAAUUACCCCCUCUGUCACCGAAAUCCCCUGAAGUCCCUUCCCCGAGAGACCAUAACCUUCCAACACGCACUCUUCCUUCUCAUUAUUCACCGACUAAGACUGGUACAAUUGUCCCUCCCGUCGCUAAUGCGUCGCAUGUCCCAGGUCGAGCAGAUAGGAUACAAUUACUCAGAGGGGACUCCAGUCCCACCUCUGCACCAGCAUACCCUUACGGUCGGAAUUGGAUCGAGACACAGCGCCAAUUCAUCAUUGCGUAUGAGUACUUGUGUCACGUUGGGGAGGCACAACAGUGGAUAGAAGGCUGCUUGGAUGAAGAGCUCCCGUUUGGUGUCGUCGAGAUGGAGGAAGGGCUGAGGAACGGUGUGGCACUGGCCCGAUUGGCCCGAACGUGGGAAGGAGAUAGUGUUGUUCGCAAAAUUUUCGAGCAUCCCAGGCUACAGUACCGACAUUCGGAUAAUAUCAACAUUUUCCUAGAUUUUGUUAGAAGGGUUGGUUUGCCGGAGGGCUUCAUCUUCGAACUCACUGACUUGUAUGAAAAGAAGAACAUCCCAAAAGUCAUUUACUGCAUCCACGCACUCAGCCAUCUCCUUGCUCGGCGGGGUUUGGCCCAGCGUAUCGGAAAUCUGCUUGGGCAACUCGAGUUUUCCGAUGACCAACUCAAGCAGACACAGAAGGGACUAACGGACUCUGGUGUUGCGAUGCCAAACUUUGGAAAUGUCGGGCGAGAACUCGCACGCGAAAUCAACGAGGAACCUGAAGAAGAGCCUGAGACAGAGGAAGAGAGACAACGUCGGCUUUUGGAAGAGAAUGUAGACUCUAUAAUAGCAUUCCAAGCCUUCGCUCGUGGUCACCUAAGCAGAAGUGCUCUCCGGAUGCGUAUUACGAAGCUGCGCACUGCGCAGAAGUCUGUGGUGAAAACACAAGCUCUAUGCCGUGGUCAUUUGGCCCGCCGGAAGAUUGAUGCAGUUUUAAUCCAGCACCAAUCGCUGCUGCCGUGGGUCACUGCCGUUCAAGCUCGUGCCCGAGGAAUCCUGGCACGACGGGAACAUAACCAGUAUAUUCAACGGGUGCGAUCCACUCUUGCUAUCAUCAUCAAGGUGCAGGCCCAAGCACGAGGAAUACUGGAACGCGGACGAUUCGCCAAGCUCAAGGGAGCUCUUCGCUCCUCAAAGUUCUCUAUCGUCAAACUGCAAGCCAUUGCUCGGGCGAAGAUUUCGCGAAAAGUGCAUACCGAGGCUGCCAAGACUUUACACCAGCCGAUCAUGCAGGAUGGUGUCAUUGCCUUGCAGGCACGCGCUCGUGGGGUCCUCGUGAGAAAGGGGAUCGAUGUUAUACUCUAUAAACUGUCGAAGGUGGAGCCGCAUAUUAUUGGCUUUCAGGCUUGCGCAAGGGGGGGCAUUCUUCGUCGGCGCGUUCGCAGCCUGCGCGACGAACUGGACGAUGUUCCUGACAUCAUUGUUAAGAUUCAAUCAGCUUGUCGAGCUGUUUUGGCCCGUCAGCAGUUAUUGAUGCUCGUUCGAGCUUUAAGGAGGGCUGUCCCUUCCAUCCAAACCUUCCAAGCUAUCGCUAGAGCCCACUUGGCAAGACAGGCAUUCAUCGGACUGAAUCGAGAUCUGGCUCAGGCGCGUGUUGUGAAAUCAGUCGGCCACCUUCAGACCUUUGCGCGGGCCGCUUUAGUCCGAUCCCGCCACAAGGAGCAGGCCAAGAAGUUACAGAUUGUCUUACCGGAUAUUGUACAGGUUCAAGCUGCAUGCCGCGGUGUCCUCGUCAGGGAUGACUAUUUUGCCUGGCGCGACUAUCUUCAUGCUAGCCAAGCACAAGUCAUCUUCCUCCAAUCGCUUCUGAGAGGCGUCUUGGAGCGCCUCAGGUAUCAAGCCAAACUUGCACACUUUCAGGAGAAUCUUCAGAAAGUGGUUAAAAUCCAGGCUCUAUUUCGGGCCAAGGAACAAAGAGAGCAGUAUCGCCAGCUCACAAUGGGGACGAAAGUCUCAGUCGGUACAAUUAAGAACUUUGUGCACUUGCUAGAUGAUUCCGAAGCAGAUUUUGAGGAAGAAAUUGCCGUGGAAAGGUUGCGGAAGCGCGUCGUGGAGCAGAUUCGGGAGAACCAGGCUCUCGAAACCGAAGUAAGCGAGCUCGAUGUCAAGAUUGCCCUCGUCGUGCAAAACGUGAAAAGCUUCGAGGACCUUAUAAAAGCUCGAAAUUAUCGUGGCGACGUCCAGACCAGCCGAGCUGUGCUUGCAGCAUAUGGCGAUCCUUUCUCCAGCUCCAGCAAUCUUGAUCAUGCCGCUAAACGCAAGUUAGAGUUAUACCAACAGCUCUUCUAUCUCGUCCAAACAAAGAGUGAAUAUUUCGCCCGACUUUUCUUCCAUCUGUCUCGGCUCGAGGUUCAGGACAAAACGAAAAAAAUGGCUGAACGGGUUGUGCUUGCUAUCUUUGGAUACGGUCAGGAUCUUCGAGAGGAUUACCUCCUUCUGAAUUUAUUCAGGCUCUCAAUUGAAGAAGAAAUACUCUCUGCGUCAACAGUCAAUGCAGUCAUGACAUCCAGUCCCAUGUACAUUUCUCUCGCUGUCCAUUAUGUAAGACCUCGACAGGUGGCAUAUGUCCGCGAUUCUCUCCAGGCGGUUAUCAAAGAAGUGGUUGAACAGCCUGAUCUAGACCUUGAGACUGAUCCUAUUUUGAUUUACCGAGCACUGAUCAACGAAGAGGAGAUGCGUACUGGCCGACCAAGUCAAAAGCCCCAAGAAGUUACGCUGGUACAGGCCGCCUACGAUCUAGACACGAGACCUAAUCUCGCCCGUCAUCUGCAGCAAUUGCAAGUCCUUACCAAUGUGUUCGUGCAGGCUAUUAUCCAUUCGACGAGAAGAAUGCCGUAUGGGAUGCGAUCUAUUGCAAGGGGGACCCUCAUUGCGUUAAAGACCCGCUUUCCAAACCAAUCGAACGAUGCUUAUGCCGCAGCUCUCGGCAAACUCGUGUUUGAUCGUUAUAUCAAUCCCGCGAUCCUGGCACCAGAGACGUUUGACAUAGUGACAGGUUCAUUGAACCCAACGGCACGGCGGAAUCUUUCCCAAAUAUCGAGAGUGUUGGUGCAAAUCGCCUCUGGAAAAUUGUUUGAUGAGAAUACUCCUGCUCUGGAGCCCCUCAACAAUUAUCUUCAGGAAGCCAUUCCACUGGUGGCUGCAUGGUUCCUAUUCGUCGCUGAUGUGCCGGAUGCCGAGGCACAUUUCCAUGCCCACGAAUUCCUUGAUGUCACUGUACAGCCGAAGCCAAUCUAUAUAUCACCAAAUGAGAUCUACGCCAUGCACAAGCUUCUAGCACAGCAUCUCGACAUCCUGGCUCCCAAACGAGAUGACCCCCUCCGUUCCAUUCUCAUUGAACUCGAUGGAGUCCCUAAUCUUGGAUCAGAUGAGCUCAAAGAUGCUCGUGACCAAGCUAUCACACUCAAUCUUACAAACCGGUUCGCGCAUGUCUCAGAUCCUCGAGCCCACGAGAAAGCGCUGUGGGUGCAAGCAAAACGUGGUGUCCUUGCCGUUCUUCGCGUCCAACCUGCCCCCGAUCUUGUGGAGAGCCUGCUCCAACCUGUUACUGAUGCUCAUGAGGAUCUUUGGGUAGUGAUCGUGAACAACGAGCUGGUUCACGACAUGCAGCAGCAGCAACAUUCGCGAUACCCUUCCGCUGCUGUUACGGACUCAGCUUAUAGACUUGAGGAUAUUCGGACUUUACCGUACGCAAAAGUUAAGGAAAACGCUCUAUACUACCUUCUCGAACUGGAGAAGCUCGGAAAGAUUACUCGAGCCGAUGGAUACCAAGGAGUUCUGAACGCUAUUGCAGGCGAUCUUCGUAGCAAACAUCGAAAACGCAUACAGCGAAAGAACGAAAUGGAAGCCAUGGGUGAUGCGCUUAAGCACCUUAGGGAACGGAAACAAGCAUUCCAGGAACAGAUUUCGAGCUACCACAGUUAUAUCGAUUCUGCAAUGAAGACUAUGCAACGGGGGAAAGGGAAGAAGCGCUUUGUCCUGCCGUUUACGAAGCAGUUUUUCCAUGAGCGUGAACUUCAGAAGGCGGGAAAGACGCCGCAAUUUGGCUCCUAUAUUUUUCGAGCACAGGAGUUGUAUGAUAAGGGCAUACUCCUAUCCAUUGACCAGUUCAGUCCUCGUCAAUUCGAUCGCAUCGAUAUCGUCAUCGAAUCCAACGAAAUUUGUAUCUUCAAUAUUGGUGUCUCUUCGAACUUUAGCGGUGUCAUCAAUGAAAUCGCUUCACAGAUCCUGCGAAUGGAGGAUCUUCUUCAAGCAAAUUACGACGGCCAAAUAUCAUUAUCUCUAUUCGACGGCAUGGCCAAAUUUAAUCUCAACAUGCUUCUCUUCCUAAUCAACAAGAAGUAAGUAUAUGUUGACUCGUGCAAGUGAACACGCCUGACGCCUUCAUGAUUGCUU